AUGGCGGACGUCUGGGGAAAUGGCGGGCAGGGAGGACAGUUCCCUCUCGAGCAGUGGUUUUUCGAAAUGCCGCCCUGCACGCGGUGGUGGACAGCUGCCACCGUGGCCACCUCGGUGCUCGUCCAAUGCGAAGCUCUGUCGCCACUCCAGCUUUUUUACAGCUUGCCUGCAGUAUAUUUGCGAUCACAGUACUGGCGCUUGAUCACAACGUUUCUCUACUUCGGUCCGCUGAACCUCGACCUACUCUUCCAUGUCUUUUUUCUACAAAGAUACUCUCGACUCCUUGAAGAAUCGUCCGGGCGAUCGCCCGCACACUUUUCAUGGCUGCUAUUCUACGCCAUGAGCUCGCUCUUGAUCCUCUCUCCGUUCCUCUCGCUACCAUACCUCGGAUCCGCGCUCUCGUCGAGUCUCGUUUACAUCUGGAGCCGACGCAACCCGGAUACGCGGCUGAGCUUUUUGGGCUUGCUGGUAUUUACUGCGCCGUAUCUGCCGUGGGUGCUGAUGGCAUUCAGCCUUAUUGUGCACCGUAUUGUCCCCAAGGACGAGAUCUGCGGGGUCAUCGUGGGCCAUGUGUGGUAUUUCUUUUCGGAUGUGUACCCGUCACUGCACAACGGCCAUCGUCCGCUGGAUCCGCCGGCGUGGUGGAGGAGGCUCUUUGAAGGCCGGGCUUCUGCGGACGACACGCAGGCUGCCAAUAUCAACCCGGAUAUCAUGGCGGCGGCAGCCCCGGAGGUGCUGUGA